CUAUUGGCGCGCACAAUGACGGUAAAAGGAUCAACUCAGCUGGCCACGCAAGGUGUGUUAUUGUUAUGAUAUGCAGGAUGACAAUAGUUCUUUUCAACUCACUCAGUUGGCAAACACAAUUAUGAUUCUCUUGGAAGUAGGGUGGCUGUGAUUCAGCAGUGAUUUAUAAACACUGCAGAAGGUCUCGUAAGUUGUAUAUAAGCGUCAGUGUAUUUCUUCCUCAAAAAUUUCUUUUUCUUAUUGACGUUAUGGACUUCAACGCACAUAAGAACUUACGCUUUUCGUUCGAUUGACAUUCUCGUCUAGAAAACUUAAGUUGUAGAAGUUCAUUUCUGCUAUGAAAUGAAGUUGACUUUACGACGUCCAAAUAUCUCUUUCGGAGUCUCAGAAUGUCUGAUUAGCUGUUUGAUUUUAGAGGAUUCAUUGUUUGCCAUUCGUCUAUAACUUUGCCAGUGGUAGUUUUAUCAUUUUGAACGCCCAUUAACCAUGAACUAGGUCUGUCCUAAUUAGUUUGGAUCAUAAUUGAUAUGACAAUUGAUAUCAUCCUGAUGUUCCUUUUGGACUGCUAGACUAAAAAUAUAAAUACUAAUCUCCAAGUACAAGCAAAGACAAUGGAGACCGGUACGAUGCCUUUGAUUGUGAUCAACCAGACAUGGACUUCGACGUCGGCGACCACGGCAAUUGGGAACGACGGUCGAAAUUUCGUGUUCAAUGACCCAGUCCAGCGAAUCAUCCUGGCGGUCAUUUUCAUCAUCGCCUUCUUCGUUGGUUUUACCGGUAAUGGAUUGACGAUGUUAGCCGUGGGACUCAGUAGGAAACUGAGGACGAUCACCAACGUCUUCGUGGUCAACCUGGCCAUCGCUGAUCUCCUUACAUGUUGUGUCCUGCCGUGGAAUACCGUUGCGUUAUUAAGUUUCAGUGGAUGGCCGCUGCCUGACUGGGUAUGUGCAGGUGCUGCUCUGGUACUGUAUACGUGUGGUGGAUGUAGUCUUUAUAGUCUAGCUACCAUAGCAAUUAACCGAUAUAUCAUUAUCACCAGACCACUUAGAACAUAUCGUGCCAUCUAUACCAAGAGGAAUAUUGCUAUCAUCUUGACAAUAUGUUGGUUGGUGCCCUUCUCUGUAUCAUUGAUCCCUCCUUUGUGUGGACUAGGUGAGCUUGGUUAUGCUGUAAAAUACAAGACAUGCUCUCACAAGACAACCCACCCGUUAUCAGAUUACUAUAGUAUGCUCCAGGCAGCCGUCUUGUAUCCAGUACCCCUCAUCAUCAUCGUCGUAUGCUACGUUAAAAUCUUCAAUCACACCCGACGUCAUAUGAAGACGAUGACGAUGUCCGAAUCAUCCGACACAUCGGUUUCGAACACAAAGCGUUCAUCACCUAACGGCACUCCGCAUAACGAAAGUAAGUCUGUUAGGAAGAGGCUUAAUAAGCGCCAAGUCGAAAUCACUAAAAAUAUGUUAUUUGUGGUGUGCGCGUUUGGUCUAUGCGCAUCACCAUACUGUGUUUCACUCAUGAUUCCACCAAGUGAUCCAGCUAUCCCUUGGACAGCCGCCAUCUUGCUUUUUAAUAGUUGUGUGAAUCCGUUCAUCUAUGCUACUAAACAUCCCUAUUUCAAGCAAGUAUUCGGGUUCAUGUUGAAAUGCCAAUGUACGAAGAUCCCUGAGCAAGCUAGUAUAAUCAGAACAAUAUCAUCAAUGCAUUCUUCUUAUCGAUCGACGAGGAGGAAAAAUAGAAAGUCUGCUACUCAAAGUUGCACAAGUAACUCGGCGACAGAAGUUGCCGUCUAACAUGUCUUUUAUGAAAUAGUAUUUCAUCGGUAUGCAAUCAUUAUUAAGUGACAAGCUUACUGAAUAUAGCCCUGAGAAUGAAUAUUAUAAUCAUGAUAAUGGAGCGUUGAACACGCUGUCUCACAACUUUUCAUAUUAAUGAUGGGUUAAUUAAUGUAGCCUACUCAUCUUGCUUAUUACAGUGAGAAACACGAGACCUGAGAUUUUUUUUACAGCAUGCAUUUAACUUGUUUUCCACUGCCUUAAUUGUAAUAAUCAUUUUUUAAUUCCAAAAGGAGCUUAAUCCACAUGUUUACCGUUUUUCUGUAAAUUAAGUAUUUUUUAUUCACAACUCUCCCUUAUCUACCGCUGUUGUGAUAUGUUUUAUCAUCAUCUUAUAUUAAUCAAGACAUGUUUUUACAGGUCAAGUCCACCCCCUAAAAAGGAUGAUUCGAAUCAAAAGAGAAAAAUCAAACAAGCAUAAUGCUGAAAAAUUAAUCAACAUCGGAUUUAAAAUAAGAAAGUUAUGAUAUUUUGGAAUUUGAAAGACUCGAUGAUGUCCCUAACACAUCAUUUCUUUUGUUCGAAUUAUACAACUUUUCAUUUUUUUACAGAUUUGACAAUAAAGACAAACUUGACUGAACCACAAAAUGUUCAAACAAUGGUAAUACCACAUGUUCAGGGGGGGAUAAAAAAUGUUUGUAUGACAAUGAGCAAAAUUGAAAUAUUUUAUGUAAUAAAAUACAAAGGAAAUGGUGAGUGGGUGACCGGUGACGUCAUCAGUUUCCUCAUUUAUAUUUGGAUGUGCAUAUCUGUUUUGUGAAAUUAAGAGAAAUUUUGAAAUGCAAUAACUUUCUUAUUUUACACCCGAUUUUGAUGAAAUUUUCAAUGUUAUGCUUGUUGGAUUUUUUUCUUUUUAUUCAAAUCAACCUUUUGUUGGAAUGGACUUGUCCUUUAAAGAUCUAGCACUCAAUAUCCAUGGAUUUGGCUCCUUUUGGAAAAAAUUCUUAGUGAGAUGUCCAAUUUUGCAAAUUCAAACAUGUUUAAGAAUGGAAUUGGACAAGAAACACAUUAAUAUUUCUAGCACAGUACAUUUUUAUAUCUUUUUCUGAUGUUUAUCUAUUGAGAAUAAAGCAUGAUAUUUUCUCCAGAAGGUGCGAAAUCCAAAAACAUUAAUGAAAAUAGUAAAAUUCCGUUAUUAAAUCUGCACUGUUUGUGUGAACCUGUACCCACAACAUGUACUUACAAAUCUGAAUGCAUAACUUUAGGUAAAGUGGUAAAAUAUUAAACUUCCAUGUAGUGGAUUUUGUUCCUUUUGGAAUAAAACUCAAAUUUGCCAACCUUUCCCAAAAUAUUUUCAAAUAUGAUGGUGCAUUUGAUUUCCACUUCUAAGAUAAACAUUUAUUAAAAAAAAAAACAUUUUGGUCAGAAGUGGAUUUAGCUCCCUUUGGAAUCAAGCUUUUCGACAUAAAUUAGCAAUGUAUUUUUAUACGUGCACAUAUAAUCAUUUCUGUCAGAAGCGAGAAAAAUAAGAGAUAAAUAUAUAGACCUCUUGCUCUUAGGUUGUAAGCAGGUCUUACAACACAUUCCAAACGAUAUCUUGGCAGCCAACUGUGACUUGGACAAAAUGUCAGACUCGAGUCAAAUAAUUUUAUAUUCUUGUAAUUAUUUUCACAUUGUUUGACCCUUUGUUGGAAUAUAUUGCAUUAAAGAACUUUAAUCACAUUCAGAUGGGGGGGGGGGGCGCGAAGCGGCCGCAACACCUCCAUCCCCAUGGCUGCGCAAAAGAGAAAAAAAAAGAGGAAAAGAAGAAGAAAAAGGGAAAGAGAACAUAAGUAAUUAGAAGAGGAAUCAGCGUUAAAAGGGUUCCUUCACGUAAGUAUAUUAGAAUGUGUAAGAAUAAAUCUAUAGUCAAAACUUUGAUUUUUAUUUCUCUUAAAGGAAUACCCCUAAAAAAACAACGAAAAAUCAUGUUUUGAGCGGCCGAUGUGAAAAUGUGGAUGGAAAUAUUUUUCCGCCCCCCACCUAUUCGCGAAAGCUGGAUCCGCCCCUGUUUAAUUAAUGUUUAUUUCAAUUGUUAAUAUAAUUUGCCACUGUGCGCGCGCACACACACACACACACAAAUCCUACAUCUUGUUUUACUGCGCCGAAAAACAAGCCAUGCAAGCGUGGACAUCUUGUCAUGAACGUAUUCUUUAUGUAAAACUGUAAGGCUGAAAACAUUUGUUUUUAUUUUGUAUCAUAAUUAUCAAUAAUAUAUCUGUCAUUGAUCUACAAAGUUGUAUGCAUGUAAUAAUGUAUAUAUUACUAAGUUGGGUAUCAACUUAAUCAACCCAUGUGGGCUGAUUCAGAUUGUCAAUACGGAUAAAGAAGCUCGAGAGCAUAUGGGCAGCGUUUCAUCAACAUUUCUUAUUUGACAAGUUGUCAUAUUUGACAAUUUUUCUUGAUUUUGAAUGGAUAAGAUACACUGUUCUUUUGGUUACUGUCUGAUAAACAAUGUUUAACGGAUAAGCAUCUCACAAAUACUUUCAUUGAAACGCUCACCCUAGAAUAAACUUUGGAAAUGAAAUCUUGAUCUGAUCCAGAAGCAACUUUGCUUGUUGGAUUAUUUCAGGGAUGGUCAUGUCAUAAAUGAGCUUCUCUCAACAUCAAUAUUGUGGUCAAAAACUUUUAUCUACUUCUUGACUAUAUAGAGCGCUCCACAAUAAUUGAUGAAAGUUUGCCCACAAUGACAGAAGCUACGAACUAUCUCUGAGAGAGGAAUGUGUUUUUUAGUUGCGAUUAUUACGUUGUUCGGCAGAGGUGGAUAUCCUUUUUAAUUUUAUUUUGAAUUAUGUAUAAUCAUGGCAAUGGCUAGAGGGCUAUAUCAACUAUUUUUGUUACUGCCGAUUAUGUAGUUAACGCAGAACGCUUUAGGGAACAUAGCGAAUGUAUUGUCAACUGCCCUUAACGACAAUAGAGUCUUUGCGAUGGUCAGUGGAUCGUAGGAGCAGUUUUGUCCGUGACUCUGGACAAACGACAUAUUUGCAAUUUUUCGUCAGUUUGGAAACGUAGGAUGAAACUGCUGUUCCGGUUCCGACCAAGACCUCUCAGUUUUUCAUUGUGGUUUGACUUGUAUUUUCAAUGCAUUUGCUAUAUAUUCAUAUUCUAGGCUUCGUUCUGCGGGUUUACCCUGAUAGCUAUCGGUGACAAAACUUUUCAGAAUAAAGUUUAUUUUAAAGCAUUC